AUGACCCGCCGGAGCCUGUGGGACGUGUCGGAGGCCAACGUCGAAGAUGGAGAGAUCCGCAUCAACGUAGGAGGCUUCAAGAGGCGGCUGCGCUCGCACACCCUGCUGCGCUUUCCUGAGACGCGUCUGGGCCGCCUGCUGCUCUGCCACUCGCGCGAGGCCAUUCUGGAGCUCUGUGAUGACUACGACGAUGUCCAGCGUGAGUUCUACUUUGACCGCAACCCCGAGCUCUUCCCCUAUGUGCUGCAUUUCUACCACACUGGCAAGCUUCACGUCAUGGCCGAGCUGUGCGUCUUCUCCUUUAGCCAGGAGAUCGAGUACUGGGGCAUAAACGAGUUCUUCAUCGACUCCUGCUGCAGCUACAGCUACCAUGGCCGCAAAGUGGAGCCCGAACAGGAGAAGUGGGAUGAGCAGAGCGACCAGGAGAGCACCACAUCCUCCUUCGAUGAGAUCCUGGCCUUCUACAACGAUGCCUCCAAGUUUGAUGGGCAGCCGCUGGGCAACUUCCGCAGGCAGCUGUGGCUGGCGCUGGACAACCCUGGCUACUCGGUCUUGAGCAGGGUCUUCAGCAUCUUGUCCAUCCUGGUGGUGUUGGGGUCCAUCAUCACCAUGUGCCUAAAUAGCCUGCCGGACUUCCAAAUACCUGACAGCCAGGGCAACCCUGGAGAGGACCCCAGGUUCGAAAUUGUGGAGCACUUUGGUAUCGCCUGGUUCACGUUUGAGCUGGUGGCCAGGUUUGCCGUGGCCCCUGACUUCCUCAAAUUUUUCAAGAAUGCCCUAAACCUUAUUGACCUCAUGUCCAUUGUACCCUUUUACAUCACUCUGGUGGUGAAUCUGGUGGUAGAGAGCACACCUACCCUGGCCAACUUGGGCAGGGUGGCCCAGGUCCUGAGGCUGAUGCGGAUUUUCCGCAUCUUAAAGCUGGCUAGACACUCCACUGGCCUCCGCUCCCUGGGCGCCACCCUGAAAUACAGCUACAAAGAAGUAGGGCUGCUUUUGCUCUAUCUCUCUGUGGGGAUUUCCAUCUUCUCUGUAGUGGCCUACACCAUUGAAAAGGAGGAGAAUGAGGGCCUGACCACCAUCCCUGCCUGCUGGUGGUGGGCCACCGUCAGUAUGACCACUGUGGGGUACGGGGAUGUGGUCCCGGGAACCACCGCAGGGAAGCUGACCGCCUCUGCCUGCAUCUUGGCGGGUAUCCUGGUGGUGGUACUGCCCAUCACCUUGAUCUUCAACAAGUUCUCCCACUUUUAUCGGCGCCAAAAGCAACUUGAGAGUGCCAUGCGCAGCUGUGACUUCGGAGAUGGAAUGAAGGAGGUUCCCUCUGUCAAUUUAAGGGACUACUAUGCACAUAAAGUUAAAUCCCUCAUGGCAAGCCUGACGAACAUGAGCAGGAGCUCACCAAGUGAACUAAGUUUAAAUGAUUCCCUACAUUAGCCGAGAGGACUUGUCAUCCUCAAACCUACGUUGCUGAGCUGCCUCUGGUGCCUCUG